ACGUCAAGUGAUAACCAUAUAUUUGAGUAUACUAGGUUAAAGGCUUUGAAAAUGGCUUUUAGUUUCUUUCGUUCAUUUCCAAUUUCCAGUUUUCCCGUACACUCAAAAUCGAAACGCUUCUCAUAUGAUGGGUCAAGCUUUCAUAGGUUAAUUAUUUCUUUUGCCUCACAAUGUGAAGCUACAAACAAAAUUUCUAUUGAAGAUGAUAUCGUAAUUAGACGAUCGGCUAAUUACGACCCAUCUAUUUGGGAUUAUGAUUAUAUUCAAUCACUCAGAAACGAUUUUGUACAGGAUGAAUCAUACAAGGAACGAGCAAGCAAACUAAAGGAAGAAGUGAGGAUGAUGCUUGAAAAUGAGGUGGAUCCUUUGGAGAAACUUGAGCUUAUUGAUACCAUACAAAGACUCGGGUUGUCCUAUGACUUUGGAGAUGAAAUAAAGAAAACUUUGAAGAAUAUAAGUAUCGAUCGUAGCACUACUGUUGCAAGGGACAAAGACAAUUUAUAUGCUACAGCUCUUGAAUUUAGACUGCUAAGACAACAUGGGUAUAAAGUGAAUCAAGAUGUUUUCGCUUGCUUCAUGGAUGACGUUGGAAACAUUAAAGCAAGCCUUAAUCAAGAUUACAAGGGAUUGCUCAACUUGUAUGAGGCUUCAUACCACUUAUUAGAAGGUGAAACAAUGCUGCAGAAUGCAAGAGAGUUAGCAGCUAAACUUCUCAAACAAUGUCUGAAGGAGAAUAAUGACAAUCAAUAUCUUUGGAUGCUUGUGGAACAUGCCUUGGAGCUUCCUCUACAUUGGAGGAUUCCAAGGUUUGAAGCUGGAUGGUUCAUAGAUGUGUAUGAGAAAAACAAGGAAAAAAAUCCCAUUCUUUUAGAGCUUGCUAUAUUGGAUUACAACAUAGUGCAAUCUAUGCACCAGGAUGAUCUUAGAUAUGUUUCUGCAUGGUGGAAGGAACUUGGUCUUGACAAGAGGAUGAGCUUUGCUAGAGAUAGGCUAAUGGAAAACUUCUUAUGGAGUGUGGGAAUGAUAAUUAGUCCUCAGAAUGGAAAAGGUAGAAGAAUUCAAACAAAGGUCAAUUCACUAAUAACAAUUAUUGAUGAUGUUUAUGACGUCUAUGGAACCUUAGAUGAGUUGGAGCUGUUCACAGAUGUUGUUGAAAGAUGGGAUAUAAAUGCAAUACAAAAGCUUCCAAACUAUAUGAAGAUAUGUUACCAUGCGCUAUACAAUUCGAUAAAUGAAAUGGCUUUUGACACUCUUAAGGAACAAGGGAUAGAUGUCCUUCCCUUCCUCAUUAAACUGUGGACAAAUCUAUGUAAAUCAUAUUUGGUGGAGGCAAAAUGGUAUUACACUGGAUAUACGCCAACCCUACAAGAGUAUAUGAAUAAUGCUUGGAUUUCAGUAUCGGGUUGUGUAAUUCUUGGUUAUUCCUAUUUAGCAACUGGUCGUAUAACAGAGGAGGGAUUGCACCACUUCCAAGAAUGUCACCCCAAUAUAAUUUAUUGGUCGUGCAUAAUUGUACGAUUAGCAGAUGAUUUAGGCACAUCAUCGUAUGAGCUCAAAAGAGGUGAUGUUCCGAAAUCAAUCCAAUGUUAUAUGAAUGAAAGUGGCACAUCUGAAGAAGAAGCUCGUGGCCACAUAAGGAAAUUAAUUGAUGCAACAUGGAAAAAGAUGAAUGAAGAACAAACGACCAAAUCUCCAUUCUCUCAGACGUUUAUUGAAAUUGUUAUGGACUUUACGAGAGUGGCCUUAUUGUUGUACCAAAAUGGUGAUGGAUUUGGUAUUGAAGGUAAUGAAACCAAGGAUAGAGUGUUAUCAUUAUUCAUUAACCCAAUUUCUUUGCCCAAAUGAUUAAAAACAUUGGAAUUAUUUUCCAAACUACAGAAAAUGGCAGUUUUUAGUAUAGUGCACCAAAUCAUUUUCUGAUAUUUUGGUAGUGUAAGGACUAUCCUACUACAUGUAUCCCUUUGCUUCUAAUGGUUUUUGCUUCUCCCCUUUGUAUCUCGUUUUGUUUUUGAAACUUAUGAACAUUUUCUUGUUCCUCUA